CUUAUAAUUGGCCAUGGCGCAAUCAUUAUCAAGUUUAUGUUCUGAAUAUUCUAAGGAUCCUGAACAUCCUAGAAAUCUUAUUCCUGAGCUGAUGCGUCAAUUUUAUCACAUGGAAUGGGUGACAGGCACAGGUGGAGGCAUUAGCAUUAAACAUGGGGAUGAAAUAUUCAUUGCCCCUUCUGGCGUUCAGAAGGAAAGAUUGAAGCCAGAUGACUUGUUCGUGUGCGACAUCACCGGAAAAGACCUCAGUUUUCCUAGUCCAGCGAAGAAGCUAAAGAAAAGUCAGUGCACACCAUUGUUUAUGAAUGCUUAUUCUCUGACAGGAGCAGGAGCUGUGAUUCACACACACUCCAAGCAUUGUGUUCUGGCCACGAUGUUAUGCUCUGGAAAGGAAUUUCGUAUUACUCAUCAGGAGAUGAUCAAAGGGAUGAAGAAAGCAACAACAGAUGUUAAUUAUAGAUAUGACGAAGAGCUGGUUAUACCCAUCAUAGAAAAUACACCACAAGAACAGGACUUAAAGGAGACCAUGGUGAAAGCAAUGCUACAGUAUCCACAUUCCUGUGCGGUUCUUGUUCGACGGCAUGGAGUCUACGUGUGGGGAGAAACUUGGCAAAAGGCUAAAGUCAUGUGCGAAUGUUUAGAUUACCUGUGCGACAUUGCUGUGAAGAUGAAACUUCUUGGUUUAGAUCCAAAAGCGAAACCAAGCGAGAAUAUGCUCACAGAAUUUUAA